CGUAGAUCAGACAGAAUUAAUCGAGGUCUACCACUUAAACGGAUGAGCCUCUGCUGCUGCCAAAGUUGUCGAAAAACAAGUCAUCACUCAACAACUUUAAAGGAUCUUGUAAACAUGUACUAAUACAAAAUAAUGGAGUCCUUCAGAGCAACCUGUGAUGCCUUCCAGGUGCACUGCUUCAAAUCAUCAUUGCACCUAAUGAAGAUGAGCACUACAAAAAGUGCAUGAUCAAAUAUCUCAAACAUAUUUCAAAUUCUUCAAAAUAAUAUCUUUUUUGAAUGAUAACUAUCAUCUGCAAUUGACAGAAUGAUUUCAUGUCCGGUCAUAAUUACCAAGACGAGGCUCAAAGUGGUGCUAGCGGUGCUGCUAACCGGCGCCAUCACAUUGCUGUUUUUGAGCUAUUCAUCGUCAGAGUACUUUUUGUACCAAAGUCUUCAAGGAGAGGAUGACGCCGAGUUCAUGCGCCGCUUUGACGAAUCGGUCGAACCGUUUCAAAACGGGACAAACAAUCUUUCAUUGGAAGUUUUUGACUGGUGGAAGACAUUGCAGCCGAUUGAAGAGCAGACCUUGGAUUCCUACCAGACAGUAGUGGAAAGCUUGGUGAAGACAUUUCCGGCCAUCUCCAAGAGACCGGAGCGCUGGAGGAAGUGUGCAGUGGUGGGCAAUUCUCCAAAUUUGAAAGGCUCUCAUUAUGGACGACUGAUAGAUAGCCAUGAUAUGGUGAUGAGAAUGAACCGGGGUCAAAUCAAAUCCUAUGAAGAAGACGUGGGCACCAAAACGACUCAUCGUCUCAUGUAUCCAGAGAGUGCCCAAAACUUAGACAACAUCACUCAUCUUGUGCUGACCCCUUACAAGAUCAUGGACCUGGUGUGGUUACAAAAAGCCUUUACGACAGGUUACGUCAAAACGAUACGUAACAUAGGUCCGUAUAAAAUUCAGGCCAACAAGAACCUAGUGAUGGUGGUCAAUCCAGGUUUCAUUGCAUAUGUUUAUCACAAAUGGAUGGGGAAGAGAGACGACAACUAUCCUUCCACGGGCUUCUUGGCCGUCAUUCUUGCUCUACACAUGUGUGAAGAGGUGAGUGUGUUUGGUUUCGGAGCAGACAGUGAUGGAAACUGGAGUCACUACUGGGAGAAAUACAAACGUAAAAAUCUUGGAACUGGAUUGCACUAUGGGAAACGGGAGUAUUUCAUGAUCGAACAACUGGCUGCACGCAAAAAAAUUAAUUUCUUUAAAAAAUCUUCUCCAAUCACAAAAGAUUUGCCAAUGUGAAACACAGUGGAUCAUUUUUUAUUUUUUUCAAAGCUAAAUGUAUAAAUGUAUGUUGCUGCUGUUCUUGUUUUUUAGAUUAAAAUAUGAGGAAAUACA